AGCGAUGGCCCCGGGGAGGCGGCGGCGGCAGGCCCCGAGGCCGAGCAGUUCCCCGAGAGCUCCGAGCUGGAGGACGACGACGCCGAGGGCCUGUCCUCCCGCCUCAGCGGCACUCUCAGCUUCACCAGUGCCGAGGAUGACCCGGACGACGAGGACGAGGACGACGAGGCGGGCGCGGACUCGCUGCCCUCCGGAGACGGGACAUCGGGAGAAGACGCAGAACGAAGUCCCCCACCUGAUGGACAACGGGGCAGUCAGCUCCUGGCUCGGCAGCUGCAGGAUUUCUGGAAGAAGUCUCGGAACACCCUAGUUCCACAGCGGCUGCUCUUUGAGGUGACCAGCGCCAAUGUUGUCAAGGACCCUCCCUCCAAGUACGUGCUCUACACCAUCGCCGUGAUGGGCCCAGGGCCACCAGAUCACCAGCCAGCCCAGAUCUCCCGCCGCUACUCUGACUUCGAGCGGCUGCACAGAAACCUGCAGCGCCAAUUCCGGGGCCCCAUGGCUGCCAUCUCCUUCCCCCGUAAGCGCCUGCGGCGGAACUUUACUGCAGAAACCAUUGCCCGCCGUAGCCGGGCCUUUGAACAGUUUUUGGGCCACCUGCAGGCAGUGCCGGAGCUACGCCAUGCUCCAGACCUGCACGACUUCUUCGUGCUGCCCGAGCUGCGGCGGGCACAGAGCCUCACCUGCACUGGCCUUUAUCGCGAGGCUCUGGCACUCUGGGCCAACGCCUGGCAGCUGCAGACCCAGUUGGGCACCCCUUCUGGCCCAGACCGCCCCCUGCUGACUCUGGCUGGGCUGGCUGUGUGCCACCAAGAGCUGGAGGAUCCUGGAGAAGCUCGAGCCUGUAGUGAGAAGGCACUGCAGCUGCUGGGGGACAAGAGACCCCAUCCUUUCCUGGCACCCUUUCUAGAGGCCCAUGUGCGGCUCUCCUGGCGCCUGGGCCUAGAUAAACGGCAGACUGAGGCCCAGCUUCAGUCCCUACAGGAGGCAGGCCUCACCCCCAUCCCGCCCCCCAGCCUCAAGGAGCUGCUUAUCAAAGAGGUGCUGGACUAACUUUCACCAGUCUCAAGGCCACUUCUGAGAGAGGGGCUGCCCCAGGUCAGGGGGCUGGAGGCCAUAAAGGGACACAGUGAGCAACCAGGGGCUGGAAAGGGUUCUGGGAACCCCUAAAGUAGUUCCAGAAAGAGUCUGUAGCAGACUGAGAGGAACUUCGUUUUGUGGGGCUGGGCUCCAAACAGGCUUUGCCUGGGGUUACCCUAGGAUGAUACAAGGAGGAAGUUUUGGCAACGGCUCUUCAGCCCACCAUAGCCAGAGACUGUGGCCAAGGUCAGGAUCAAUGUUUCCUUUUCCAUGGGCCUGGGCACCAGUAAAACAGCUUGGCUGAAGUGCUGGGGACUACUACUGGAAUCCUGGAGUUUAGAGCCAGGAGGAGGGCUGUAGUUCUGCCCAGGGAAAUGAAAGGUCAGCUACUCCAGUGUUAGCAGUUUCUUUAUUAGAUAUGAGGGGCAGGCAGCCCAGCUGUCUGCUGUGACCCCUGCCUCAGGAAUGGCAGUAGAAACAGUUCUUUAAAAUCCCAGGCCAAGCCAGUUAUCUUUGACUACAGCUUACUCGCUGAUACCCGAGGCUUCAAUCGGAUCACACCCUCCUGGGCACAGGUCACAGCAAGGACCCCAUCCUGACGCCACAGCCGCCCAUGCACUAGCCCUCGAGAGCCACCUGUGGGCAAGGAGAAGGGUGAGAAUGGCCUCUACUUCAGCACAAGCCUGCUUUGCCUUCGGAAGGGAUUGACAAGGCAGAGCUGCCCCACACAAGGGUUCAUUGGGACAUAACUACUCCAAAUACCCCUUUGUGAGCCUGUUACAGUCGCUGGGGGAGGGGCCUCCCCCUCCACUUGAUGGUCUGAAAGCACUUUCACAUAUCCCAUCACAGAGAAAGGCACUCUGACAGGCUCGGCCAAGCAGAUUGCUGCUUCUCAGGCCACUGUCAGAAAUCCAUCCUUUCCUUUUAUGAUAAGCCAAGCAAGUCCUCUAGGGACCAGAAGGUGGCUCAGAGAGGACCUGAGACCAUGAGGGGUGACCUCCUUCCCUUUCCACCAAGAGGUUCUCAACCUUGGUGGCUUCAGCCUGAGUUAGUCAUCCUUAGGAGCUAACUUAGGCUUUCUUUACACAUAGCAGAGCCCACUCUGAUCUAACUAGCCAGAGUAUGGGCUUCAUUUCUUACACUGUUUUACAGACGAUGACACUAAAGUUCAAAGAGGCUCAGGCUUGGCCCCAAGGAUCAGGCCAAAGCCGACUGAGUUGUCCUACUUCAAGGUUGGGAGUCUUGUCCUGUGAGGCUGGUGGUAUCUGAGUAACCCUUUCCUGUCUGUAAGGGGUUACUUAAGUUUUGUUUGUUUUAUAAAGCAAAGCUUUUCUUCCUCUGAAGUGUACUUCAUUAUAAAAGAGCCAGGGCUCUAACACUAGA